AUGAAGAUCGAGACUUUUGCGAUGGCCAUGGCCUUUGUGGCCAGCACCAUGGCCUCACCAGACAACAUGAAGAUCAACGACAUGACUUCCGUCCAGUCUGUUACCGUCGAACAGCUUAAAGCUAUGUCGGAACAGGACGCCGCUGCAGCUUGCAGCAUCUGCCCCUGCCCCAAGAAGCGCGACCUCCAGGGGAUUAAGGUGGUCCAAGAGGCCGACAACGACCAGGGCAGCUCGACUAUCUGCUUAUUCUGCGAUGCCGUAGGCCUUUGCAACAACGGCGGCGGCGGCGGCGGCGGCGGUAAGAAACCGAAGCCCUGCCACCGUGGUGACCGCCGGGUGCGGCGGAGGUCCUAA